GGUUUGGAAUGUGAGACUAAUUUGUGAACAUGCACAUGUAUUAGGAGGUACACAACUCUGUGCCUGCCUGACUCAACCAACCAUCCAUUGUAUCUUCAGGUGUUUAUUGGGGUACAAGCUCGCCAUUCAAACCCCCCUUGUUUCAUUUGUUGAUUCUGGACACGCAUGCUCCAUUACGUUUCCCCCAUCGUGUUUCAUUCGGCCAGCCGAGUUCAGCGGGGCAUGCAUGGACGCAACAUCCCUCGCAGGCAGGCAGCACAUCAAGGAUUUCAUUUUGUUUUCAUCCUCUCGAUCGAGCUCUGCGUAACCCGGCGAAUUAUUCAAAGCUUCGAAGACCUUUGCCUGAAUUGGAGGUAAAUUUGUAGUGGGAGACGCGACGCUGACGUGGGUGAGAUCGGCGAAUAGAUGUCAAUUUCUGCUUUAUCUGAUAGUGAGAGGUACAUGUCUCCAAUUUGACUGCGUCGAUCGUGUUGGUUAUGUGAGAUCGAGAGUAACACCGCUUGGACUUAUACUGUGGAUAUAUUCACUGGAUAUAAUUAUACGCCUGCAUUCAAUGACAUCUGUAUGGCAGUUCAUUCAUUGAUUUCUUUAUGAGGCUUCAUUGAAAGAGUUGUUCUCAUCCUGUUAUGAAUUAUUGAUCUUAUUAAUACCAGGAAUAGAUAUAUACUUUAAGGAAAGAAAGGAGGAGGGUUACGAGUAAGUCAGGAGUAUAACAGCCAAUCGUCUCUCUCGGGUGAUUCAGACAGCCUAGCUGGUGGUGCUGUGAGAAGAAGAGAUAACCGGAGAGAUAACUUCAACAAGAGACACACGCUUGUAGGAGUGGAGAAUGCAGAAGACUUAGAGAAUCUUGCGUUACUACAACAUAAUCGUUCUCCGAACAAAGUGAAAGAGAACCCGCUAGUCAUGGAAUAUUUAAAGAGGAAAUAUCCUGAACACUCGGACAGGAUCCAAGGUCGUGCUGCAGAGGCACCCGUCAAUGGUGUAUUCUGUGAGACAGACCUUGAUAACAUGGACAACAUGGACACCAUGUCCGAGAUCAACACAGAAGCUACGGGAUUCUCUAGAGGUGGACGAUUGAGGUCCAGUAUGCCGGUCAUCAGACCAACGGUCAACAUGACCAAGGAGAGACCAUUGGGUCUCGUCUACCUCCAGUACAAGAACGAAACCAAGCGAGGGCUCAUGCCGAACGAGGUGACCGGCAUCGACACCGUGAGGGCGCUAUACGUCCGUGCUUUCCCCAAGCAGCUCAACAUGGAGAUGCUAGAGAAGCCGGUCAGAAAGAUCUACAUCAAGGAUCCAGCAACGGAAAUAUUCUACGAGCUGGAGGAUUCCAAUGAAAUAAUGGACAGGUCAGUCCUGAAGAUCUACGAGCCUGGAUUCGUGGAGGACCCCAACGCCCCGGGCCCAUCGUCCCCUCGUAGCACCACCUCCACCCCCGUGGAGCUGGACUACUACUCUGAACCAGAGGUGGACCAUCAGAAGAGGGACGUCAGGAAGAACCGCUACAACACCAUGACGUUGCCACGUAACAUGCACUUCAUGCAGACGCAGGAGGGCGAGGGCGCCAAACCGGCUCCGGCCGGAGGGAGCCUCAACCCAUCACCAGAGAAGAAACAAUCUCAGUCAAUGGAGAAUUUCCGGCGUGGGGUACCUGAACGUUCCAGUGCGAGCCUCCAGCGCCCUGCAGCCCAUACCCAAGCCUUCCAGCGCCUCACCCCUGAGAGAGCCACCCUGGGUGGUCCAGUCAGCAGGGGAGGGCCCGGUGGACCCCACCCCCACCAGGGCCCCUACGGAAGGCGGGGGCAACCCUACCCCGGCAACCAGCCCCAGCAGCAUGGGGGGAGCUCCACCAUGCCACGGAGGAUGCCCCCUCCCUCGGGGCAUGAGGGUGGGCCUGGGCCUGGGAUGGGCCCCAGACCCCAGGGAGGGAGCUCGACCAUGCCACGUCAGCACCAGAGGGGCGGCCAGGCGGUGGUGGAUGGAGGCAGUAGGCCGGGUAGUAGACCGUCUAGCGCGGAUAUGGUAUCAAGGAGCCAGAAUAGUACCCCAGUGACAAAAGUGAUGCAGAACCAGGUCAUGUCUGCCCCUAUGCCCAACGGUCACCCCAGACAGCGAGGCGCCCCACCCCAGCACCACCGGGACCAGACCCCUCCAGGUCGACCUCUAGGGGGUCAGCACGCUACCCUCCCCAGGAACGGGGCACCGGGGAUGAGGCAACCCAUCCCCAAUGGAAUGGGCCCCCAGCAUCGCGGACAGCCCCCUCUACGGAGACACGGCAGUCAUGAUGGAACUUUCAGCCAUGGCAGACCUCAAAGCGCACCAACGGUAGAUGGCGCUGUGGGACCGAGACCAGGCGUCCAUCCCGGCGCCCAGCGGCCGUUCUCGCAACCGGCCCCCCGUAUGGGCCCGGCCCAGAGACCGCAACCAGGGCCAGGGGAAGAAGGGACCAGCGAAAGGAUCUCUGCAAUGGAGCAGCAGAUAGCCAAUCUUGCCGGCAUGGUUCGUUCUGUCAUCGGGACGCACAAUGGUGCACCUAGACAAGGGCGCCCUCAACAGGAAGCCGCCCAAAGACCGCCGAAUGAUCGCCCCACCCCGCCGAUGAGGACAGACUCUGCCCAAGUGCAAGCCAGAACCCCUACUCCCCAGCAACAACAACAACAACAACAACCACCACCGCAAUCGAGAACCCCCGUCCCCCAGCAGCCACCCGCCAGACCCCCUGGCCCCCAGUCCCCCGCCAGACCCCCCGGCCCCCAGUCCCCCAGACCCUCCUCGCACCCCGGUACGGGCGUGACCGGUAGACCCGGUGUGCACCCAGGGGGCGUGAACGUCCAGCGUUGCGCCAUGGUGCUGAAACACCGCACGACAGACCUCAGAAUGCAACUCAAACAGAUCAGGAAAAUGCAUCUGAAUAUGGUACAACAGGUUAACAACAACUUCCGCUCGACCUCCCACAAGAUCCGCCUGGCCUUAGAGGGCGCCCCAGGUACCGAUAGUCAUCCAAUCAGGAACCAGCGAGCUAGAGUACAUCAAGAAUACAUCAAGUACUUGCAGACACAGGAGAUGAUUGAAAGGGAUCUGAGAAUACUGGAUGAGAAUGUGGACAAGCUUCGAGAGAAGACGAUCAACAACAGGGGCAGCGUUGAUAUGGACAGCCUGGAGCAACAAGCUCAGGUGCUGGGCAACUGCAGCAGGGGUAUUGCUGAACAGAAAGUGAAUUUCCCGGUUCUGUCUGAGAAACUGAAGACUGUUCAGGAAGGGGAGAUGGAGGUAGUAGUCAGAGAGGAGAAUUGGAUGAAACAUGAGCCCCAGAGGUUGGAUGAUCAUUUCAAGAGAUGUAAAAAGAUCACUAGUACUCUCUACACACUCAAGAGGAUGGCAGCUACAAACGACGAGCCUUACGUCGUGUCCCCCUCCUCUCCUACCAUCGCCCCCACCAUCACCCCCACGGUGACCGCAAGCAGACAGGUGGUUCGGGUUGAAAGUGCCCCCCUCCCAACAUCAUCAGAGGCCAAACGAGAAACAGUGGAAAGUUAUCAAGAUGAUAAUGUACGCCAUGACCUGCCCCACCGAUUCAGGUCACCCAUGGAGCAGGAUCAAUUUGAGCAUACGCUCUCCGGAAAGAGAGAGGAUUUGCGCCGAACGAACAACGUGGAGGCCAAUCAGACCCGCCAGCGCAACUACCUGCGUGAGCUCUUUGAUCAAGAAAACCACGACUCAAUGACGCCGAUCAUCACGCCGGAGAAGGCCGCUAAGAGGGAGGCCCAGAAAGAAGCUGCAGGGGUGCAGAAGAAAGGUCCCCCUCCCCCGCCGCCACCCAGGAAGCACUUCCCAGCAUCGCCUGCAUCUCCAGAGCAGGCCAACAAGAAGAUUUCGUGGUCGAGCUCGACGUCGACCAGCCAGCCCAAGGUGCCUAGUGAGGAAGUGGUUGUUGGGGGGAAGGUUGAGUCUGAGUCUGAGGCAGUGGUUGAGAGUAUGCCUGAGCCUGAGUCUGAGUCUCAAGCUGUGAAGGAUAGGGUGGGGGAUGAAGGAGACGGGGGUGCUGGGGGACACAAGACAUUGAGUAAUGCCUCCAGCACUUCCGCAGGCUGUCUAAUCAACGCAGUAACCGCUGCGGUGGAUCCCCCUCCAAUCACAAGCACAACCAAAGCACAUGAGACAUCCAAGUCAACCCCGUCCCUGGGUGCAACAGAAUUCACCACCCCUAAAGAAAUCAAUGGAUCAUUCCAUUCACAGACUCUGGUCACAGUUGGGAACGGGGGUGUGGCACAUUCCAAUGGGAAGGUAGGGAAGGACAAGUCACAUACCAAAAGAUCAUUCCUCAGUAGGAGUCCAUCCAAAAGUGGGCAGCAGGGUAGUAGUAGUAACAGUAGUGUGAAAUCAAAAUCUAAGAAAAUGGGCGGGGCCUUGGCAAGACUUCUAAGGCGAGAUCAUGAGAAGGGAGAUAGUUCACAAAAAGCAAACAGUCCCUCUCCAAGUGAAGUAGGGCCUCCUCCGAAGCCUCCUCGGGGUUGCAUGGACUCUCCGACCACGCGUGCAAAGAAAAUUCUGGUUACUGCUGCCAGCGAGAAUAAUAUUAAUAACAAUGCCAAGCAGAUUACCAUUCCUGAGAAGCCUGGCCAGCGGUCAGGCCAAGUGACCAAUCAGGGUAGGAUGGCCAAGUCAGCAGAGAACAUUUGCCUGUCCAGUUCUCCUGAAAAUGAUAUGUAUCCCCCAGAAGGCAUCUACAACGUCCAACGGCAGCAGAUCAUCCAGGAUCCCAAUUCUACUCAUUCCUCGCCGGUCCGAAGCCCGGUGUUUGUGUCCAUUUCUGGCCCAAGGAGAACUCAGUCAGAUUCAGCGGGUCAGUUGCCUCGGGCGUCACCCUCCAGUGUUGAAAUCAAGCGACGAGAGACUGACCCCGCUGUGAGACCAAAGACGCAUCAACCCUCUGCAUCUGCGGGGAACGAUGAGAACCUCAGGACAAUACAACUCAAAGCCCAGUAUGCCAAGCUUCGGCAGAUGCAGCUCCAGAACGUUCAAAGGGACAGGAAAGCCGUCCAGAUUCCAGACGUCAAGCAGGUGAACGGACCAAAUCCCCAACCGCUAGUCAUUGCCAUCUCCAAACCGACCAACCUUGAGGACAAUCCCACCGCUGCCACCGAUCACAACAAACCCACAGAACUUGCCCACCAUGGAAGCAGUCCAACAAAGAAAGAGAUCAAAUCACCACCUCCGGUCGCCGCCAAGCCCUCAGCCAGGAAGUCCAUCAAGACGACGACCACCACGGUGACCACGCAGUCGUACCAGCUAGCCGACGUCAACCAGGCCUUGGAUGACCUGGAGAGUCUGAUGGUCAAGGCGACGGACACCGAUGAUAUGGACGACUCUAACGUCAUCCAAGAAAGUACCCCCUCCUCACCUAAUGGUACAAUCCAGAAACCUGUGCAUGCCCAUAUCAGGUUACCACAGUCGCCGCCUCGCAGCUUUGCCACAAAGCCUAAACCACUCUCGCCGAAGGGGGAGGCAGCCAAAGUGGGAGGGAAGAGCUCCGCUUUUAAACCCAUCAAGAAAGCCAGCUUGCCCACAACGAACAGCGCAGUUGCGUCGCUGUCGAUAUCACUCUCGCAGCCCUCUAAAGCACCCUCGUCACCGAACAAAGCCGCAAAGUCCGACAAAUCGGGUCAAUCUCAGGAAACGGUAAAACCACAAAGUGAGAACAGUGCGUUGUCUGCUGUUAAGUCACCGGAUGAGAAAAGAGCCGUUAGAAUUGUCGUCACUGAGGCAGAGGCGGACAUCAAACAAACCACAGUCGGUGACGCUAAAUCCAGAGUGAAUGACGUCAACGCUAAAGAUGCGGGGGAGAAAGAGGAAUCAGAACAUUCAGACAAAGAUAUAAAUAUUAACUUAUCAGGAAAGACAACACCUACCAAAACAGAUCUCGAUUCAAGUACGCAAUCGAACGUCACAAACGGCCAUUCAGAUGGUGGCGAGCAAAAUCCUGAGGAUGAAAGAGUUAGCAAAACAAAUGUCACUGAUGUUAAUGAUGAAAAGAAGGUUGUGAAGAGCGCGGCUGUGGAUGAUUCCACAAAAUCAGACUAUGUUACCGAGAUUAAAACCACCUUCGUUAAUGGCAUUAUCGAGGAGACGUUUAUCAAUUAGCAUGAACUUAGACAGUACAAGUGAAAAGAAUAUACUAGCUACUUGGGAGUGUUUCUAAACAGUUGCAAUAAAUGUGUACUUAAUUUGCCAGUAUGGUUGAAUAUGUGUAGCAUUUUGUGUAGGAUUUACCAUCAAGGCUAUUCAUUAAUACAGGUCUUACCCAAAAUAUUGAUGUAAUCGAAAGUGUUAUUUAAGCAGAUUAUGACAGUUUUUAUCUAUAAAGAUGGUUCUCUUUUCUUGUAAAUAUGAUCAUGUUAAAGUGGUGUAAAGAUUUAUGAGAUGGUGUCCUUUAUUCUUUGUGUGAUAGCUUAAUGAUAUCCGCCGAGAGCCAGAUGGAAGUUAGGUCAUCUAUUUUUACUUUGGAUUAAAGCCAUCCUGGCUCUCAAAAGAAGAUAUCAUUGUGCUUUGUAAAUCGAUAAUCAUCACAAGUGUUUCUAAAUUGAACAAGGAGUAGCCGGUCUGUGCUGAUUUGGUAAUUUCCUGGUCAUGUAUGUACCAUAAUGUAUUCACAAAAAGCUUGUUAAUGUGCAGUACGAUUAUUUAAUAGUUAACAUUCGUAAAUAUUCAUUGUCAUUUUAAAAAGGUAUUCUGUAUAUAUGAAAUGUCCAGCUCUUUUAAAUACAUGUACAUGUAAAACCCUCUGAACAAACGUUUCACGAUGGCAGAUUGAUCCAAUUUUAGAAUUUGUGUGGUGACUUAAGAUAUUUUUUAAAGUGCCAGGUAUUUCCUCAACCCACCUUAUGAGUAACCUUACGUAAACAACCUGAAACGAGGAACUUGUUUACCUUAAGAUCCGUCUAUGGCUCUAAUUUUUCUUGAAUGUUGCGCCCCACCCAUUGUGUCAAAAUCACCUUGUUAAUAUGUACAUUGCUUUGUACAGCGGAACGAUACAAAACACAGACAAAUUCUUAAAAGAUUGAAGUUUAGCCAUUUGUGUGCCUUUUUUAAAAUGAAAACUGAAAUUUAAACCAAAAAGCAGGGAUUGUUUCUUUUGAUGUUGCAAAAAAAAAUUGAUUGAUGUACAUUAAGAGUGGAAACCAGGUCGCAUGUCAGCUCAGCACAAGCAUUCUUUUAGUUUGUAGAGAAAGACUGAAUAUGAAGUAGGCAAAGUACAUGUAGAUACACAAACAGGACAAAAAUGUGGUGCUAUAUAUAUUUUUAAAGCUAUCAAUACUGUUUUCAAGGUUGUAUGUGUGGUGUUUUAUAACAAAAUAAUCAUUUGAUAUGAUCCACUUUCAUUUCGUUUAUAGGUUCAAGUUCAGAGUCACUCUGUUGGUAAUUGAAUGAUCACAAGCGAAGGAGAUGAUGUGAUUUAAAUCGUUCAGCAUUUAUAAUCAUAACCCCCGGAAAUAUGUACAGUUUAACCUGUAUAGAAAGAUUACGAAUGGAGCAGCCCAAUAUUCACAGGUUUCAUUAGACGCGUAUUCAAUCAGAUAUUUUCAAGGGAAGUAACAUUUUUUAUAUACAGGGGGUCUUUAUAGACAGGUGGUUUUUAUAGACAGGCGGCUGCUAAACCAGGUUUGAUCUGUUUCUGAAUGGUAUCUAUUAAUCAGGCGCAUUUUAUGAAGGGUUCAAUGUCUGAUGUCUCCAAAGUUUGUUAGCAUAGAACAUAAAAUGAGAGACAGACAAGGAAGUUUGAAGGGGUUAUAAAAAGAAUGUGGUUUAUCACAAUGAAGUUUAUCACACCUCGUAGGGUUCAGAGUUCAUUCGGAGGGAAUCUAUUGGAGAUGAAUUUAGAAAGAAUGGUUUGUGUGGCAAGGAAAAUUAAAAAAUGACACUUAUUGCUAAAAAAUUAUCUUUAUUCAUACCAGUAUAUUUUUUCCCAGUCCAUAUUCUGUAUGGAUUUCUUAGCUGUACUCUCCCUGUUAUUUGUUUCUAAUUCACUUUUUGUGAUCCAAUUUUGUGUAGCAUUUAAAAAUUGCUCUUCUUUGUGAAUUUGACACCAAUAACAUGUACAAUAUUGAUUCCUUUUCAACAAGUUGUUGCGAAAAUAUCCUUUAAAGAUAUACUUGUUCUGUUCCUACACCAAGUUCAAGGUCAUUUCAUAGCAUUAUCAUUUGUUGCCUCUUUAAACAUUUUUAAUAUUGUUGUUUGAUCUCUCUCUCUCUCUCUCUCUCUCUUUUGAUCAUUAUUUGAUGGUAUAUAAUGCCCUUUUCAAACAGUAAAUGGUCUUCAUGCCAAUCUGGAACAGUAGAAAAUAUCAUGAAGUUUAAUCAUGUGUGUACAUGGUUUUCUUGCCAAACGUUUCCUUUGAAAUUAAGCCCUGAAGUUCGUUCCCCCCCCCCCCCCCCCCCCCGGAGACUUUUGUUUGUAUUCAUUUGACAUAUAUUAUCCAACUUCCGUAGAUUUAUUCUUCUUAAUCAACCAGGAAUUUGCAGUAGAUUUCCCCCUUUAAUGAAAUUGACAUUUAGAGGUGUAAUAAAUAAUAGAAUAUAAAGUGUUAAGGGUAGUCACAUGACGCGCUGAGUCACCAAAUAAUUCAUAGGCUAGUCUGAGAGGGGGUUUUCCCUUCUUUUUCCCCCUGCACAGUGCAGCAGGGACCCCCAGGCCUGAGCGAAACAUAUGUUCUCUCAGCUGAUUAAUUAAUGCUUAAUUGCUGGCAUACACGUGGGAAGGGAUUUCCCCUUGUCGCUUAAUUGACAGUUUGAGUCGUGAGCUUCAAGUCCCCUUAGAAGAGAUAAGGAACGGGGGUUGGGGGUAUUAGAGGGAACAUAGAUCGAUUGGUUGGACAGGUUCCCGUUUGUGGGUUUCCUUCACUAAAUCAUUAACAUCCCUGUAUGUUUUAUGAAGUGCUAUCACUAAAUGCAUUAAAGAUAAAGUUCUGGUCAUAUGAUUGAAUUAUAUUAAAAGAACUGACUAAUUUACAUAUUUUAAAAACAUAAAACAGGAACCAAAUAAGAUCCAAGUAAAAUGAAUUAACAGAAAAAUAAAUUAAAAAUGACAAUAGAAUACCUCUACAAAUGGGAAACCAUGGGAAUUUCAUCAAAAUAGAAAUCAAUUUGAACUUAAUUUAAAAAUAUAAAAUCUUUUACAGUAGAAAUUAAUCUUGAAAUGAAUUGAAUACUAAUUGAAAAAAGAAAACGUCGCACUUAAAUCACACAAUAUGCACACAAUAUUCAAGGGUGGGCCUGAAGACAUUACCAGUAAGUGGAAAAGGAUGUAUUUGCAAUUGAAGAAUAAGGAUAUCUAUUUCUUGGUUGGAUUGCAAUUAAGAAAACCCUGUAAUAAGGAAAGAAGUGUAAGCAAUGCAGUCGUUUCCUUUAACAUCACAUGAGGGAAGCUUUCACAACUAAUUGUUUUGGCCAAAAACGGACUUAUCGAGCUAAAAGUAGCAAAACAGGAAAUGCGAGUGUCAUGGUGAAAUCAAGAUUUCACUUGGAGUAUUGAAAGUGAGUGGGCUAUUCUCAUCAAACAAUCAAGUGUUGACAUAGACUUUUCUAUAAAUGGGUUUUGAUAUGGUUUGGAGUAAUUAAUAGUUUUGAUUAAAAUUGAGUGGGAUAAAGAACCGAAAGUAGAUAAUUUAGAGUUAAAAAUAUACUUAAACAGUUAUGCUGGAUGAUCCUGACUUAUAAUGAGUGAUUAUUUGCAAAUAAAUUAGAUGAAAAUGUGUUAUUGGGGAGAAGAAUAUUCAAAGAAAAGUAAGAAAUUGAAGUAUUGAUCCAUGUCCUAUGUUGAGCACCAGUACACAUGGUCUCAUAUUAUAGUUAAUCUCAUUUUUCAAGAGGUUAUAGUUCCUUUUCCCUGCUUUUUAAUAUUUCAAACUUGAAUCAGAACAUUUUCUACCUGAUAAACAGAUUGGAAUGACUUAAAAUCAAUUUCUCUGAAAAUGCAUCACAAAUUUAGAUAUUUAUCCUAACAAAUCUUAAUUACAUUUUGAAUAAUGGUCAAGAAUAACAAGAGAUCAGGCAUGAAUGAAAGAUAAGAAAAUUUGGAAUUAGAAUGGUAACAAUUUUGGAUGUCAAGGAUUUCAGUUACAAUUGAUCUUAAAAUCUUGCAAUUUUCAUUUUAUGCUAUAAAAAGGAAGGAAAAUCUGUAGUUUAUCUUGCUUUUCUGUGGAGUCAAUUUAGAAAGAUCAAAAGAAAGAUAGGAUGAGUUUUUCACCAAAAAGAAGCCCCUUUCAUUUGUUCAAUAUCCAAGCACACAGCUAAUUCACAUUUUUACCAGAAUUGCUUUUCCAUAAUCCAAUUUGAAGUUCUGUUUUGCUGUAUAAUACUAUUUUAAUAGGGAUUAGGUUUACUUGCUUGUAAUCUUCUUUAAAAAGAUAGAAAGAUAAGUAAAGAGUUAUUUUUUAAAAGAGAAUGAUUUUCCAAGAUAAAUGAGAUUACAUCGCAAGGCAUAAAACAAAACGUAGAAAUACAGCGUAUGAAGGAUUUAAGGAAGAUUUGGGCAUGGAUGCGAUGAGAUCUGAAUAAUGAUACUGAGUUUAUGGAAUGGAUAUAAAGGGGUUUUCCCUUUUUGAUUGAAAGAGAAAUACAAACCAAGAACAAUGAUUACAUCCUUGAUUUCAUGUUUAUCUUCAUCUGGCAACGUUAAUGAAUACGAUAAGCAUGAUCCGGGAUUUCCCCCAACGAAGCUCCGGCACUGAAAUCAAAAGUGAAGUUAAGAUCAGAGGCUUGGCACAAAUUGAAAACAAGCCUAAUGAGAUGGUAAUUGCGCCAUUGUCGCUGAAUCUCAAACAAGAUCUUCACGGAUUAUGAAUCGUUACCAUGGCAACAGCUCGGCAGCUGGAUACACGCUCUUGUAAUGACAUUUCUUGUCGGGAUUUGUCCCGAGAGGAAACGGGAAUAAAAAGCAAAGAUCUUUCAUUUGAUGUUAAUUUACAAUUUCUGCAGUGUUGCUGAUGCUUUAUGCCUCUACAAUUAGUCUUGUUAAGGACUAGAUGAAAGAAAGUUUGCUCUUAAACUGCCUAAAAAAAGCAGAUAACAUGAAUAAUGUGUUUAAUUGUGUAAAAAAAUUGAAAACAAAAUGACAUUGAUUGGAGCAAUAAGCAUGUAUUCAUUUUUAUCUAUUAAAAUGCCUUAGUAAUAUCAGCGUACCUCAAUAUAUCAGAAUCAUGCUUGGAAAUUUAUCAAAUAUUUAUUUUGUCUAUAAGAGUUAUGUCAUUACUAUAUAUCUAACAACAGCAUUAAAAUAUGUAACGGUGGCUUUGAAACGGUAAGUUUGAUAUGGCAGUAAUGUGUGAUCAGCAAUUCAAACAUAAUUGAUGUUCAACGUAAUUAGUCUUAAUAUCCGCCGUCUUUAAUCGUAAAUGGAGUGAUGGGGAGGAGGAAAUAAAGGGGAAAGUCUUGCCUUUACUGAUGCAAACAUAAAAGUGCUUGCUUUGCAUCUUUUAGUAUUUAUUAUGGAAGAAAUAAACCAUUUUAAAAUUGAUGCAGGAGCUGGAAACUUUGCAACGGUACAAAAUUGCAAAUAUUCUGUUUCAGGGCUUCACACUAAAAGGGGUCCUAAGCAUAGAGCCCCCAAAAUGAUAAUGCUAAGCCCUUUAAAAAAAUCAUACUUGAAAAGGGAGGGGACAAUGCAUACAGGCAAUGAAAAUGUCCGUCUAGACUCCCAUUAAAGAAAACAAUUAGCGAAGAGCCAAGCGGUUCGUUGGUAAAUCUCCAAUAAUCAUUAAAACUUUUGGAUAUUUCAGUCAUGCACAUUACAAAAGGAAUUUUUGCAUAUGUGUUUUAAAAUAUGAAUUGGUACAGCUACAUAUCUUUUAAGCAUUCAAGCACUUUUUCUUCUUCUAAAAGAGGAUUUGUUUCUAUAGAUUCCUUUAGUUGUGAUCAGCAUCAUCUCUUCUUAUUAGAAAUACUAACAAUCAUGCCUUUGAUAUUGAAAUAUUGACUAACUUUUUCAUGCAAUCGAUGAGUGAUUUAUUAUAAUAUGUGUAGCGGUUUAAGGUUGUUCAUGUCUUUAAAUUGUAAAUAAGUAAGACAUGUCAUGUAAUUUCUAUUUAUUAUGAUAUCAGAUUGCACAGCACAACAAAUAUACAUAAGAGAAUGUAGGUUUUGCAAAAGUUUAUUUCCUACUUCAUUUCAAAUGUUUUUGUUUUUUUCAAGUUUAAUAUUGUUUCUGUUUAUAAUGAAUCAUACAUGUAGUUACAUUUCAUUUUCGUUUGAGAAGUUUUGUUUCAGUUGUAUACCUCUUUCACACACACAUUGGUUUUCUGUGCUUACAAUUACGUUGUGAAGUGCGUGGAAGGGUGUGUUUGCACUAUACUGCAGUGAGUUAUGAAGCACACUGGAGUCGCAUGUAAAAACUCUGUCCACACUGCAUAUUGAAACGGAUUUGUAUAAAAGAAAGGGCUGUUAUGCAUUGAAUGGAAAAGUUGUUUGCUUAGAGUGAGAAGGGUGUAUGUAACAUAAUGAUUCAACACUGUUAUUUCUGGUCCUCAACCGAUGAAAUGCAUAUGUAGAGAGUUUUACGAUUGCACAUCUUAUACAUAUAUAUGUGUGGAGGUUGCAUUCUAAUAUUAUAACAUCUAUUUAGAGUCAAAAGGGCCUUAACUUUGUCUUAAAGUAUAUGAGUUAACGCCAUUCUGAAUCUAAACAAAAUAUAAUGUGUAAGUAAAGGACCUGUUCAUACUGUAGUUUUAAAGACAGUCCAGAUGCUUCCUACAGUGUUUGUCACUUUGCCAAAAUGUUCCUUGAGAUUUAGUCAGUUUUGCAUCAGUGGUGAGACACUUCAUAGAAAAGAUCACAAUUAAAAUUUGUUUUUCUGUUGAAAUAUA